GUUUCAUUCGUGCGUUGAACCUUGGAGACUUCACAUCGAGUUUGGAGGAUCAAAUCCACGUUGGGUUUUGCUACAACUACAACUGUCAUCCACAAUACAAUACACGCGCUGUGUCUCUGCUGCUUCGUCUGCUGGCUAGCUUUGUGUCUGUGUGUGCGUGCGCGCCGUGUUGAUUUGGCAUAAUUUGUAAAUAAUCUUACAAUUUUUGUUACAAAUAAUCGUCGAGCGCAAAUUAAAUGCGACUGUUUUAAAUCCGCGCAAGCUUCGCUGCUAACCUCGCCGUCGUGUACGUUGUGUGAAAGAAUAUUUAAAUUUAUUUCAAAUAAAAAGAAAGUUAACCGUAAUUUGUGAUAUACAUACAUAUAUAAUUUGUUUUUGCCCCUGUUUGUGCAAUUUCUCAUGAAAAGCUUAUAAUUUAUCAGAAAUUUUAACAAAUUCGUAUAUGUGAAAAAGGAAAAAAAAAAAAUCAACCUUCAAUCAAAAAAAAAAAAUUAAUUUCUCACAACUGUGAUUCAAACAUAACUGGCGUUUUUGUUUAAAAUGCUUAGCAAUUUGCAAUAACUACAAAUAGUACAAGAAACGCAAUCUUUGCAAUCAUUUCACUUGGGGCUUAGUUUUUAACGUUUACGAUUGGAUUAAAAACUCUGUUUGCUCCGCGUAUGUCACGAAGCAAACUAAUUACUUGGACGGAAGUUAGUUAAGCAAAGAGUAAUACGAACAUAUACGUAGCAACAAUAAUAAACGGUCGAAAGGAGAGGAGUCGAAGUUGCUGACGCCGCAGCUGCAACUGGAAAUAACCGCAACAUAUUUCGCUGGGCGAAAGUCAGCAACAAAAAAGAGAGUAGACGAUACCAUUGUCGAUCCAUCGUUGUCCAAUCAACUUUUUAAUUCACGCACACACACCCUUCAUAAAAUUGGUCCAGCCAGCAUGGAACGUGAAUCGAAUCCAAUGCAACCCAUGUGCCGCUCUGGAUGCGGUUUCUAUGGAAAUCCAGCCACAGAUGGUCUGUGUUCGGUUUGUUACAAGGACUCGCUUAGAAAAAAGCAACAGCCACCUGUGAGCAGCACACCUGCCUCAGUUCCAAGCCCACAACCUAGCCCUACAUUCAGUCCGGCCAUUGCAACAACCAACACCGCACAGCCCACGGUACAGAGCUUACAGCAGUCACACAGUGAUGUAAAAGAGAAAAUCACUGAGGAACCCGCAGUCGCUGCCAAAACGAAUAGUGAAGCCAUAAUAUCGGCGUCUGGUCCAAAUACUUCCACACAAGCAGCUGCCUCCGCCUGUGAGCAGGAUGACAAGGACAAGGAAGAUGACAAGGACGCCAAGAAAAUGAAGAACCGAUGUGGCGAAUGCCGCAAGAAGGUUGGCCUAACUGGUUUCCAGUGUCGCUGUGGCGGCUUAUACUGUGCCGUGCAUCGUUAUUCCGAUAAACACAACUGCACAUUCGACUACAGAGAGCAUGGCGCCCAGGAGAUUCGACGCAAUAAUCCGGUUGUAGUUGGCGAGAAAAUCCAAAAGAUUUGAAUUGCGAGAGAUUGUGCCAGUAACAGUAGCCGUAGAAUAAUAACAACUACAUAUUAUGAUAGUAUAUAUACACACGCUACGCACCAACAAAUCAAUAUAAACAACAACAACAACAACAACAACAAACAAAACUCCCAAACAUAAGAAAACACAGUAACACGUAUACAUACACACA